AUGGUUCUGCUCCGGCACAUCUCCGUCGCCCUCACCGCCGCGGUGAGCGCCGUCGGAGCCGCUCUGUUCGUGGCCGUGAAUUUGUUCUACAAGAGGCGGGUAUGGACGCCGGAAGACUACUACGUGUUCAAGGAGGAGGAGGAAGAGCAGAGGGAAAGGCAGGUGUUAGUCCUUGGCUUGGACGGUGCUGGAAAGAGCAGCGUUCUGCAGGGGCUGAGUGGAGUGCCCAACAAGAGACGAUGCAAACCCACCCGUGGCUUCAACUUUAUCCGACUCCACACUCCUGCCUGCCAGCUGGAUUUUCUAGAAAUUGGAGGCGGUGAGGACUUGCGUGUGUACUGGGCCGAUUUCCUGAGGAGAACACACAUCUUGUUGUAUGUAGUGGACUCCUCAGACCGAAGUCGAUUCCCACUGGCUAAGGACGAGCUCCACCGUUUGCUCAGGGUUGACACUCAACUCCCAGUAGUAAUCCUGGGAAACAAACAGGACAAGCCAAAUGCGGUUAGCGUCCCUGAACUGCGUGACGCUCUUUCUCUGAGCUCAUUGGCGGAUCAGAGGAAGCUCUUCCUCCUGUCCCUCCAGCUGAGCUCUGUGGGAGCUACAGCGGCCUGCAGCCUCCAGUGUCUCCAGGAUCUCCUGUUAAAACUGGCGUGAGGUCAGGGUUCAAGCAAGCUUGUGACUGUAAAUACUGAGAAAGGGAUCAUUAUCAAAGAGGAAGUCUGAGAUAAUGAUAACGAUAAAGACUCACCCGAGGUGGACUUAGUAUGGAAAAAAGCACAAUGCAAUCAAAAGGAUUGUUGGUGUACAAACACUUGCUGUGUUGCUCGUCAACACUGCAAAGCACAUAAGGGUAGCAUCCAUGACGCCACUUAGAAUAUACAGUGGCUUAUGUUCUGUUGUCAUAAAUUAUUCUACCUUUAUUUUUGCAUAGGUUUUCCAGUUUCCAGGAGUUUGUUACAACUUGUGAUAGGAUAUAUUUUGCCUACUUCAAUGACCGUAAUGAUUGUUUGCAAUUUUAGAAAGGCGUAUUGAAUGUCAUCCGUGCAUGCAUGUACUUCUGUUAUUUUGGUAGUUUUUCAUGUUUCUGGUUCAUCAUUGAAUGCUUAGGUUUGCCUCAAGCAUGCUGCACUGAGUUAAGCUGUAGCCAACAGUUGAUACCUCAGACAUCUUUGAAGUAACAUUAACCUGAAUGUGAUAUAGAUUUCAGA